AUGUUAUCCCCAAGACGUAUCAUACCGAUCGCGCAGAACCUGACAAAAGUUCACCAUGCUACUUCGCAGUUUGCUAGAAUAUCCACCACUUCAGGGCGACGAACCGAGCUUCGCGAUGGAGAUCUGAACAGCGUGCGGCCCAUGUUUGACCUCAAAGGUCGCAAUUACAUCGUGACGGGAGGGGGACGCGGGAUAGGAUAUGCGAUCACUCGUGCCAUCGCAGAGAUGGGAGGCAAUGUAGCUGUCCUGGAUGUUCUGCCGUCUCCUGUCGAAGAUUUUGGCACUUUGGAGGGUGACUUUGGCGUCAAAUCCAGAUACAUCCAUGCCGAUGUCACAAGCGGCGAGAGUUUGACAAAGGCAUUCGACCGGACAGUUUCGGAAUUUGGAAGUCUCGAAGGCUGUGUGACGGCCGCUGGCAUAUGCAUUGACAAACCCUUCGGAGAGUGGUCGUGGGACGAGGUCCGCAAAAUCAUGGACAUCAACGUUACUGGUACAUUCUUCGCAGCUCAAAUGGCUGCUAAACAGAUGGAGAAGCAAGGGACCGGUGGAAGCCUGCUACUUAUAGCUUCUGUAUGCGCGCACUGCGCCAUCCCUGGGCAGCUACUGUCCGCAUACUACGCCUCCAAAGGUGCGGUGAGGAUGCUCAAUACGGCCUUGAGCGUCGAGUUGGCUCCACAGGGCAUCCGCUGCAAUGCAAUCUCACCCGGCUUCAUCGACACCGAUAUGAGCAAGACCCUGCGGGAACAACGUCCGCAUUUGGUGGACAUUAUGCACUCGUCACCACCGUUGAAAAGGAUCGGCAACCGCAAUGACCUUCUCGGGGCCGCCAUAUAUUUGCUGAGUGACGCCUCUUCGUACACCACGGGUGCUGACAUCACAGUGACGGGAGGAUUGCAUGCUGGCAGAAUAUUCACUUGA